AUGUAUGCUCAAUAUAGACGCGGAAUAGACAACUACGAUCGUGUUCUAGAUGUCAAGCCGACAAAAUCUGUGUUCAAACUUUUGACUGUUCUUUGCCAUUCAAGUAAAAGGUUCCCGUGUGUUAUAGUAACUGCAAUAUUAUUCCUACUUUUUAUCUAUAUUUUCUUUCCUUAUCAAAUUGGCGGUUUCAUCUAUGGUCGCUCAUUGGAAAAGCUGUCGUUUAACUUCAAGAAUUACAAAUUUGAAAAAUUGCCCGAACAAAAAUUGAACAGCAGUCAAUAUUCUACCAAUGAACCAACGACGCCGUGGGACGAAUUUGGCUGUCAAAGCAAGACACCUCUUCUUCUUUGCCAUAGAACACCAGAAUUGUCUCCAGCGAUUGUGCUUGCUGACAAGGCUGUCUUUCAAACCACCAGUCUUCUCAUGAAACGAUCGAGAUCGUGCGCUCUAGUCGGGUCAUCAGGAAGGUUAUUGAGUCGAAGAUACGGUAAUGAUAUUGACGGACAUGACGUUGUCAUACGGUUAAAUAACGCUCCGAUUCAUCCAUACGAGAAAUAUGUCGGGAGACGCAUGCCUGACGUGGCAAUACUUAAUGUAGCGACCCUACGUGAGUUUACGUGUCUACGAAACGUAAAUCGUAAAACGCUAUUGGUUCGAUGUAAACAUCAUGGUAAGAUUACUUCUGCUGGUCGAUUAUGCGCAAGACAUGGUCCUCUCUAUGCAACAUCGGUGGAACUUAUGAACACUACGCGAUCUAUUUUGACAACGUACAGACAAUUGUAUGGUGUUAAGAGUAAAAGAAUGCCAACGUCGGGAUUGUAUGCCAUUCUGUUCGUAUUGAGAUUGUGCGAAGAGGUUGAUGUUUACGGAUUUGGUGCGGCAGAGGCAGAGUUGUAUGCAUACUACAGAGAUAUUCACACUUUCAGUACCCAUCAUCUUUUCAACUUGGAGGAACAAUUCAUAAGAGAUAUAUCACACAAUUUGACAACACCUGUUGACAUGUCUUCCUAUGGCUGUAAGAAGGUGUCUUUUCAUCCUUGAUCAGGGCCUUCGGAAGCAAAUGAAGAGUGAAGGGGCCUAACUCACGAUAAGGGGAGUGGUGACAUAACG